AUGAGGGGGACAUUCGCAUACGGGGGUCUUCUGUUAGUCACACUGCUACUGACUUCAGCGGAUGCCAAAGGAACUCUCUAUGGAAGCCCAUACAGAUAUAAUCUACACAAGUCUGGGAGCGUCCCACAGUACAGCCCUGGAAAACCAGCGGGCCACCAUAAGAACUUCUGUGCCUACGUUGUCCAGAAGAACGUCACCUGUGUAAUGCAAGAUGGAGUGGCCACAUAUGUCAAACCGGAGUACACUACCAAGUGCAUAUGGGGACAGAAAUGUCCUGUGCUCAUGUAUCGGACACUCUUUAAACCACAGUACAAAAUCGGUUAUAAAACCAUCACUGAACUGGAGUGGCGUUGCUGCCCAGGUUACUCUGGAGAGAACUGCGGUGAUGGGACGACCUCCAACCCGGAUGCGAUGAUGCCACCCUUCAAAGGCUCUUUCCCUCUGCCCGGGGUGAAGGGUUACCCCAGGGGUCAUCCCAAUAUCCCUGUAUCAAGGCUGGAGCCUGGUAAACCAUUCCCCUUUCCUGGAGGUCACCCUGACAACAAGCCCAUCCCUAGUGGAUACCUGCCACCAGAGACUCCUAAAACAACUUAUGGUCCAAAAGCGGGAGUCUCUGGUGAACGUUUAGACCGCAUUGAAGAAAACCUUCGUAAACUCUCUCAAGAUCUGGACACCUUGAAUGGCUUGGUGACUGGCAUGGAGGAACGUCUGCGAGUCUCUCUUCGGGAGGACACUAAGAAGAUGCUGACCAUCUUGCUCGGUGGUUCCCCACGGCUGCUGGAUACCUCUGUGGGCUUCGGGCUGAUCCCAGAGGGCACGCCGCAUGGCUUAGACGGUGAAGAGAACCUCCCUGGUUUUGGAGAGUUGGUGGGAAGGGUGAUGGAGGUCAAAGAUGAGCUGAGAGCCAAGAGCGACAUACUGGACGAGAUCCGUGGGAUGGUGAUGGGACACGACGGCCAGCUAAAGAAGCUGAUAGACACUGCCACAGGGAGGCUCAUCCCUGGAGAUCAGCGGCAUCUAGAGGAACUUCUGGACUCCAGAUUGACCGGCAUGAGGGCGGAGGUCCUCGAUGGUUUUGAGAGGAGACUGACGGGUUUGGAGAGCCACUGUGAUGAGGGAAUCGGUCAGGUUGCCAGGAUUUUCUGUAUAGACUUCAGAACCUUCACCUUCAAGGCUCCUCUGUUUGUGUGUUUCCAGACCAAGGACCUUCUCUGUGCUCAGGAGUUCAUCGUUCACCAGUGCAUCGUGUUCAAGACUGUGGAGCCACCACUGCAGCGUGGCUCAGGUCAACAAGUGGAAGACGCCACGGCCCAGACGCGGAACAUAACUAUCACUCUUUCCAAACCUCUUUCCAGAGACCGUUGA